UUGAGCUCGAGUUCAACCCUCUUCAGCUGAAAAAGCCUCAGCGCUUCAAAUUAUAUAGGCAGACUUGCAAUCUCGCGCGUAUUCUAAUGGAAACUCUCCUUUAAUUAAAAACCCUUUCUUCAUCUUCAUCUAUGGGUUCCUCCAUUUCAUUCGCGGCAGCCGGAUCUUCUCUGCUUCUCUUCACUACGCCAAAGCGAUCAGUCCAAGAUGAGCAGAUCUGAUUUGAAUCCUUCCAACGACCUUUCGAUUUUUGAUUACCUAUCACCAGGAGACCUUCAACUUGAUCCGUCCAUGAUCUGGAGCUCUUACAUUGACCCGAACAGCGACGAGAACAAUGUGUCUGCUUUGUCUGUAAACAAUGCACAGUCACUUCAAGCACAUGGACCGCCCGAUGACAAUCAGGAGAACUUGAGUGGAGGCAUCAUAAGAGACCACCAUGGGCCGAUAUUGUUGUCCGAUAACAACCAGUUGAACUCAUUGAGCUCGAUGCCGACUGGAAGCAACAAAAGAGACCAACAUGGAGCGAAUGAGCAACAAUUGUUGCCCAAUGACAACCAGUUGAACUCGAUGUCGAGUGGGAGCAAGAAAAGAGGCCGGGAACUAGUUUCUGAUGACUCAUCAAGAGCUAAAGGAAAAGGCAAAAUGAAACAGUCCCGGAGCCGGAGAACCAUUGUUAAUGGUGAAUCAUCAUCUUCCGGGAAAAAAACAGCACGGGCCAGUAAAGCAGUGAGUUAUGAAGAGCAUAUCAAGGAGAAAUCUGUGGGGCAAUGUGCGAAAAUUUUGACAGAUCGAGUCUUCAAAAGGACAGAGAGCGUGAUGGCCCUGCUAGGUGAAUUAUUCCUCACCUACGACCAAAUCAAAAUGCCAUGGACAGCUAGAGCCAAAAUUUUGAUUGCAGAUUUGAAAGCUAUGAGAGCUGCACUUAGAAGAAGUAAUCGAUAUAUAAUGAGAAUACUGGUCAAUCACAAGAAACGUAGGUUGACAGAAGAUGUGGCAAAGAUGAGAUUGGUGGGUGCAAACAAUAGGUUAGAUGGCUUCCUACAGAAAUUGCAAAACGCGAGGGAGGAGUUAAAACAAAUCUCCAAUGAUCUGGAAAAAGCAAGGAACCUUGAUGCAGUCUUCAUUAAUAAUAUGGCUUACAGCCCAGAGGAUCUAAGAGAAGAGUUGGCUUCUGGAAUGCCAUUUGAUAUCGAAGAACUUGAUCAAAAUUAAGAUCAUGGAAGCUAUCAACUCAUACGUUUCUCUAUCCCAAGUGUGUGCCGUAUCUGGACUCUUUAAUUCGUAAUUUCUUUUGGGUACUCUUUUUCCCCUUAUAGGUUUAGAAGGGGUUUUUAACGAGGCCCUUUGUUCAAAGAGAAAAGACUCUGUAAUCCGAAUCUUAUU